UGCAAUUCUCUUCAUACCUAUCCUCCCAUUAUCUCUGUUCCUUUCGUUCCCUUGUUCUCUGCCUGAUUUUUUUGCUUGGUUCCUCAUCCAUCCUUGGCUCCUCAUGAUUAACUAAGUCGUGAACUUUUCAAUUAUAGUGUAUCUAGCAUGUAGGCAAUCCAUCGGGCGACAUUAUGAUAUCAACACCAGUAGUGCUCUGUACAAUCAAUAAUGGAAAAGUCUUUCCUCUUUUGAGACUGGCCGGGUCAGUGUAAGCGAUAGGUAGAACAUGCAUCGUGCUGAUUAUACUGGAGGUGGGUGGUGCGCUUCGGUAAAUUAUUAUUGUAUUGUUGUACAGCCUGUAGCCUGUGGGUAUGGAUGGAUCAUGACCUACCUACCUACUGUACUCAGUGCUCAGUACUGUACUGUACUGCACACAGACAGUACAGUUCUGCACCGUGUGCUAGCAUUUCAGCCAUCAUCAACAGGGCUAGAUACGUCUUAUCCCCUCCCCCCCCCUCCUCCGGUAUGCUGGUCCAAGCCCGUCCCGCACGCCAGCAAGCACCAAGCCAGCGCCAGCGACUCCGACCAAAGGGCCAGCCGAGACGAGUCGAACAAGAAAAAGAGACGACAGAGAAAAUAACGACAGGGUCUGGCGCGCUGUUGGCCGGUGCUCAAUGCUCGAAUGCUCGGUGCUGG